CCUUCACAAGUUAAAGGCCAAAAAUGCUUUUAACCUUUUUUCUAUAUAACUCGUAUCUAGAUCACUCAACUUCGUCAUUACCAAGAGAAACGGUGUGUUCUUAUCCUCUUCAAAGCUACCCUCCGGACCGAACCAACUCUUAUCACUUUGAUCUACUACCUCCACAGUUAAAAAUAGAAACUUUGCAAGUUUUAAGCUUUUGAUGAUGAUGGAACAAGUUGUGUAAAAAGAGACAAGAACUGAAGUAGAUAAAUGGAUAAACAAGCGAGAGAAGAAACUACAUGGGUUCCUCAGACACCCAUCAAGCCAAUUGCUCCGAUCUACCCAGAUCAGAUUCAGACAGAGGAAAGGAGAUUCGCUGGGAACAAAGACAAGAGUGGUCUUGACCAUUUGUCUUUUGGAGAUUUGCUGGCUCUAGCCAACAAUGCUUCAUCAGUGUUUUUAUCUCGUCAGAGUGGGAUUGAUAAAGAAAGUGUCAUCAAGACUCCUGAAAAGCCAAAGAGGAAGAAGCAUAGGCCAAAGGUUGUUAGAGAAGCGAAACCGAAGAGAGAUAUUAAACCGAAAACUCCGAAGAAGCCUGCUGCUGCUGUUGAGGGUGAAGAAAGCAAAACGCCUAAGAGGAAAUACGCGAGGAAGAAAAAAGAAGCUGGUGAGGAUCAAGAAGAAUACACGCCUGUUGAAGAAUCAUCAGGAGCAGCAGCAGAAGAUGGAGAAUCUUCAGCUCAUGAUGGCAAGAAGGCUUGUAGAAGAGCCUUGGAGUUUGACGAUGAGAGUCUCAAAUCCGAAAACGGAGAAACACAGCACAGAGAUGAGACAAAGCAGGAUCAAGACUUGCAAGAUUGUCAUACGGCGGCAGUGCCCAGCACGCCUAAGAGAAAGCGCAGCAGCCAAAGUAGAAGAAUGGGAAAGGAACCGAAGAAUAAUGAGGCACAAGCCACAAAGAGGAGACAAGGCAAAGAACCAACUAGAAGUAACAUAUAUUUUUCAGGGGAGCUAUACGAGCAGGUGUUUGCGGACAAUGAAGCACAAUGGUUGUUUUCCACAGACUGGCAGCAGAAAGGGAUGAGAUCUCGUUCCACAACUGGACAACAACUUGUUACACAAGAGAAUGUUUCUGCCUAUAACUCAGGCUGUAGAUUCCUAACCUUUCAGGGAAGGCAGAGUUUUGAGUCUAAUGCUCACUUGGAUAAGAUAGAAACUCCAACAAAGAAGAGAACUACAGGCCACGCUCGGUUCCGGGGUUUGUCUUCCACAAAUAAAGCUUCUGAGCAGUCCCAAGUAGGAUGGUAUAGCAGACAGACGCAAGUGGCCUCAAGCAGAAAGAAACGAACCACUAAGUCUCAGACCAAACAGCUCACUCUUCUCCCUAAUCACUGCCACUUUCCACCUUCAUUUGCUGCAGGACUAGCUCCAGAAGCUAUUUGGCAGCAGCGCCACUCUAUUGAAGCAAUCAGCGAGCUAAUGCGUCUACUAGACAUCAACAGAGAGUACUCAGAAACUGCUCUUGUUCCUUAUGGAAUGAACAGCAGUUACAGCGUAGGAAACCAGAUCGUGCUCUUCGACGGUGGCGCUGGAGCUAUAGUGCCUUCGACUCGCGUUAAGAAGCCGCGGCGCGAACGUGCAAAGGUUCAUAUAGAUAAUGAGACGGAUAGAGUCUGGAAGCUUUUGAUGGAGAGUAUCGAUAGCGAAGGUGUUGACGGAUCAGACGAGAAGAAGGCCAAAUGGUGGGAGGAAGAACGUAAUGUGUUUAGAGGAAGAGCUGACUCAUUCAUAGCACGAAUGCAUCUUGUUCAAGGUGAUAGACGCUUUACACCUUGGAAAGGAUCAGUUGUUGAUUCUGUGGUUGGAGUGUUUCUCACUCAAAACGUUUCUGAUCAUCUCUCAAGCUCUGCGUUUAUGUCACUAGCUGCGGAGUAUCCAGUACCUUUUGUACCCAGCAGUGACUUUGAAGUAGGAGAAAGCUCCAUGCCUUCUAUCAGGAUAACCUACUUGGACUCGGACGAACCGAUCUCAAACCCACCAGUUCCCAGUGAGACUUCUGCUGCUUUAAACAUCACAGAGCCUGAUGAGGAGAAGGAGUAUGUAAACAGCAAUGACACCUCAAGAAGCAGCAGUGAGAUUGCCAGCUCAGGGAAUGAGUCAGCUGUCAAAACCACUGAUUCAAAGGCGCAGGUGGAUUCAGACAGAACUGGCUCAAGCGUAGAAGUUAGCAAGACAGUUCACAUUGUCCAUGAGCUGUUUCCAUCUGAAGAUUCUGUGCUCACAAGUCAGAAGUCAUUGGUUUCUGAUACUCCUCUAAGCACAGAGAGAGCAGGAUCAAGCUCUGAGAUUAACUCAGAAGUAGAGCAUUGUACUCCCUUUAUGAAGCUCCUAGAGUCUCAGGGGUCUGCUCAGCUACAAGGGAAAGGAAAGGACGUUAUCACAGCUGAUACUGUCUCAGUAGAAGUUGGGGGUUCAAACACGUCUCCUGGUGAUUGUUGUAGCUCAGAGGUUAAAGACUUCUUCAAAUCAUUGAAAGGGUACACAAAUGAUGAGCCAUGUUGCUUCUUUGGGGAUGUUCAGAAACCAGAGAUGCCUGAAAGCUCCAGCAGCGUUCCUUCAACAAAACUGGUGAUGCAAACUCCAAUUCCAGAUAUUAACGAAAGCACAAACUGUCUUGAUGUCCAAGAAGGUACAGAAAAACAGCCAGGACCUGACUCAUCAUCCAAAAAGUUCAGUCCUAUGGAUAAGGCUACUUUCAAUGCGGAUGGGAAGAAGAUUCUAAAGGAGGUAGAAGAGGAGUUUGAUUGGGACAGUUUAAGAAGAGAAGCGGAAGGCAGAGAAGGCAAAAGAGAGAAAACAGCAAGGUCAUUGGACUCUGUUGACUGGGAAGCCAUUAGAACUGCUGAUGUUAAUGAAGUCGCUGAAACAAUUAAGAGCCGUGGGAUGAAUCAUAAACUUGCUGAACGUAUACAGGGCUUCCUUAACCGACUGCUAACAGACCAUGGGAGUCUUGAUCUUGAAUGGUUGAGAGAUGUUCCACCUGACAAAGCAAAAGAAUAUCUUCUGAGCUUCAAUGGACUGGGACUAAAAAGCGUGGAGUGUGUUAGGCUGCUAACGCUGCACCAUCUUGCCUUUCCAGUUGAUACCAAUGUUGGACGCAUAGCAGUUAGACUCGGAUGGGUACCCCUUCAACCGCUUCCGGAGUCCCUUCAACUACAUCUUCUCGAGAUGUAUCCUGUGCUUGAGUCUAUACAGAAGUAUCUUUGGCCACGUUUAUGCAAAUUUGACCAAAAAACAUUGUAUGAACUGCAUUACCAAAUGAUUACUUUCGGAAAGGUGUUCUGCACGAAGAGCAAACCCAACUGCAAUGCUUGUCCUAUGAGAGGGGAAUGUAGACACUUUGCUAGUGCCUUUGCAAGUGCGAGGUUUGCAUUACCUGGUCCAGAGAGAGGAAUGGAGAGACCUGAUAUUCCUCUACAGAGCCUGCCAGAGCCAUUGCGGAGGCAGCAGGGGUUAGAAGUAGUCAACCACUCAGAAGCAGCAAAUAGGGUCACAAGCUGUGAGCCGAUAAUUGAAGUGCCAGCAUCACCAGAGCCAGAGUGCGCAGAAGUUUCAAUGGCUGAUAUAGAGGACGCUUUCUUUGAGGAUCCUGAAGAGAUUCCAACAAUAAGGCUGAACAUGGAUGCAUUCACAAACAACCUGAAGAAAAUUUUUGAACACAGCAAGGAACUGCAAGAUGGAAACAUGUCUGGAGCUCUGGUUGCACUUACCGCUGAGGCUGCUUCUCUUCCAAUGCCUAGGCUCAAGAACAUUAGUCAGCUGAGGACUGAACACCAAGUCUAUGAACUUAAAGACGACCAUCCUCUUCUAGCUCAGUUUGAGAAGCGAGAAACUGAUGAUCCAUGUUCGUACUUGCUUGCUAUAUGGACGCCAGGUGAGACGGUUGAUUCCAUUCAACCAACUAGAAGCAAAUGCAUUUGGCAAGAAGCAGGCAAACUGUGUAAUGAGAAAACUUGUUUCUCAUGCAACAACAUAAGGGAGACGCAAUCACAAACCGUUAGAGGGACCAUCUUGGUACCUUGUAGAACAGCAAUGAGAGGUAGCUUCCCACUCAACGGUACAUACUUCCAAGUCAACGAGGUGUUUGCGGAUCAUGAGUCUAGCCUAACGCCAAUUGAUGUUCCAAGAGACUGGUUAUGGGACCUAGCUAGAAGAACUGUCUACUUCGGCACAUCUAUCCCAUCAAUAUUUAAAGGUUUAUCUACUGAAACAAUUCAACAAUGUUUCUGGAGAGGGUAUGUAUGUGUGAGAGGAUUUGAUAGGCAGACAAGAGCACCAAGGCCUUUGAUCGCGAGGUUGCACUUCCCUAAAAGCAAAAUGAAGUCACCGGUUAAUCCGGAUGAUGCAUAGGUAAGAAAACAAACUAUGGUUACCAACAACAAGCCAAUGUAAUAUAUUAGAGUUGUAACAGGUCUUUGAACUCCCAUGUUAGUGUGUCUUUUUGUUUGUAAUCAAAUACGAAGUCACAAGAACCAAACCCAGUAGCUAGCUGAAUCUGUCGUCUUUUUUUAUGUAUUGUUCUCCGCCAAGUAGAUGCCAACUUUAACU